AUACAUGUAUAGAGUACAGCCGAUAUAAAUCUGUCACCGCGCCGAUAGCCAGGGCCUCUAGUGCCCACGCGAGGUUAUCACAGCUUGUGUUUUAUCAACCUUGAACGGAUAGUAGAUAAGCGAGGAACAUGUUGAUGAGCAGGCCAUACCUACAUGUAGCAGGAUGUGGAACGUUUGAUUGUAAGUCUGCCUGACACCUUCCUCGUACUUCAGACAACAGACACGUUGUUACCAUGCAUACCUGGUAUUUUAGUGCACCACGUUCGUGCACCAUAUAACUGCAGGUAUUACCCUCUACCUUGCUGCUGUUUGUAUUCGGAGUACAUCAGUAAUCCUUGGAUCCAUCUAGCUCCAAUGGCACUUUCUUUGAAGUAACACGAUAUCAUGGUGGAUUAUUACUGUGUUAUUUACAUGUGAGUUAACUCUCCCCGACGUCAAUGUACCCGUGUUAAGAGGCCGUCGGCCGAUCGCGACCCCGGUCCAUUAUAUAUCGGUUACGUGGACAAGUUUUAAUUCAAGUCUAUCCGUACACCAGUGACCGGCAAGGUGAAUGUGAUAAACAUACCGGAUCAGGGCUCACGUGAUCUGUCAGUUCAUUGAUUGGCAACUGAUCAGAUGUACAGCCAGAAAUGCUUUAGUUGGAUACAAACGUCACUAUUAACACUGCAUAUCGAUUGAAAAUCCCAAACUGAGUCUCCUGUUUACGCGCCAGAAUCGGUUUGACCUAACCUUGGCAACGUCACGUGAAUAUCCUGAUGUGAUUGGCAUAUAUGUGUUUAUCGACAUUUCUCUAGUCGACUGUAAUUGGGCUGGAUCAUCAAGUCAUCACGAUCACGGUGUUUUCGGGUUUUUUUUUUUUUUUUUUUUCAUUUUCUGAUUAAAUACACGUGCGUGCAUAUAACGCCAUAAUGACGUCAUUUACAGGACUAGGGUGCAUGUCGGGGUCAUCCCUGGAUGGACUAGAUUUAUGUCAUGUGGAGUUCACGGGGGAUAUAGAGACAGACAUAUGGGGAUACCACAUCCUGGAAGCUAUCACUGUACCCUACAGUCCGGAACUUACCGAGCGUCUCCGACAUGCCGCUAAACUGUCCGGAGAGGAGCUUAUCAAGCUCCACGUGGAAUACGGGCACUAUGUCGGCACUACCGUCAAAGAGUUUUUGAAAGACAAACAAGUGGAUUUCGUAGCAUCCCAUGGUCAUACCGUAUUCCACCAACCCCACCUAGGGUACACUUUCCAGCUGGGAGAUGGGGAGACGACAGCCUCUUACCUCAAUAGUCCAUAUGUGUGCAACUUCCGGAACAAGGACGUUGCUCUUGGUGGCCAAGGGGCGCCUUUGGUUCCUAACGGGGAGAAAUUUCUGUUUAGUGCGAACGAUAUCUGCAUCAAUCUCGGAGGUAUCGCCAAUAUAGGUCUAAAGGGUCAAAGAGGGUAUGACAUUUGUCCUUGUAACUCGGUUCUUAACAAACUUGCUAGAACAACGGACCCGUCCCUUAAUCAGGACACGGACGGAAAUAUCGCUGCUAAAGGAACUGUAAUUCCGGAGGUGCUGGAUCAGCUGGAGACAUUGGCGUUCUACACCAAGGAACCCCCAAAGUCACUGGGGGCGGAGUGGAUAGAGGAACACAUAGAACCUAUUCUAGACCAACGUGUGCAUUCCAUUCCUGACCUCAUGAGAACGUUUGUUGAGCACGUCGUUAUGAGAUUGAAGGACGCAUGCGUAGUAAACUCCUCCCAACUCUCGUCCGAUGUCGUGCCUAUCCUAGUCACAGGUGGGGGAGCAUUCAACAAGUUCCUGAUGGAUCAGUUAAAAAAAGCCUUACGCGGAACUAGAAUGGAAUUAGAGAAAGUAGAUGACGAGACUGUUUGUUUUAAAGAGGCAUUGAUUUUUGCAUUUCUUGGUCUACGUUGUAUUCUCGGCGAAGAAAAUGUGAUGAGUUGUAUAACCGGAAGUAGAUGUGAUUCGGUUUCCGGAAGUAUUCAUAGACCGCUGUCAUCUGAUGGCGUUCCAGCAAAGUUUAAGCAAUGUUAUUUUGAGUUUAAGAGGUCUUCAGUACAUAAUAUGAGCGUGGGAUAAUUUUUGUAUGAUAGUCAUUUAUGAUGCUCUUCUCUUUGUAAAUGUAUUGUAUCACAAAGAACUAAAUGCUAUUUUAGGCGGUGUCUAUAUACUGUAUUUGGGUCUGAUGUAUACAUGUUUACUGUGAAAUUCUGAUUUAUUCUGAAUGCAUUAAUUGCUAGGAUAUUUAAAUGUAAAACAAAGGAUUUCGUGUUAUGAGAAAUCCAUCAUUGAUAUAUGUGUACAUUUCGGCAUAAACGUCAGUCAAGCGGAAUUAAAUCAGCAUAAAACAUGUAUCAACGAAUAGAGAAAAAAUAUAGAAAGUGUAAUAAAAUAUAUUAUAAAUUUUGAAAGGUAGACUAGCUGCCUGCUCAUAUACACACAGUGUAUGUGAGACCCUAGUGUUUGAGUGUCAAUCUACAUAGCAUGUUAUAACACUGAUCAGUAGUGGUGUACAUGAUAAGCACUGAAUGUAUAAUUUUAGAUCACGUUGAAAAGGUGCUUGACUAGUUUUUAAUUUGCCUAGUACAAAGUAUCAAUGAUUUUAGAACCCAUGACUUAGUGACGAUGCUUUUGUUCUUUGUCGUGACAUCAUUCGACCUUCAACGUCAAAAAGUUUUGCUAUUACCACGUGGCCUAGAGAGAUGUAUUGGUAUGUAUGUAGUGACUUCGACUCAUUGAAAGAUUAUUGUGUUCUGAAUUAAUCAAAACGUAUCAAUUUCUUCUGAUGAAUGAUUCGCCAUGAAGCAAUAACAGCGUAUAGCUUUGUUGGAUGAAUGGCUACCCUAAUAAAUAGUCUAACUUAAUUAGUCCACGACAACUGAAGCAAAUGUGUUGGAAACCUUAACAAAUUUAUUCCUUCUAGACAUGUUCUACUGUUAUGUUUUUGUGUCAUUUGAAAAUAAAAUUAGUUCCAAAUUCCCA